GUGUAUAUAAAGAGCCUCGCCUCUUACGAAGAACCACAAGUAUCAACCCAUCGUCAUCUGCAUCUCAAGUUUCUUCUUCUUCUUCUUCUUCACCAACGCGCCACUAUCAGUGUCAAUUAUUAUGUACACGAUCCAGGUCGUGGUGGUCGUACUAUGUGCGACGGGGAUUCUAAGUGCACCUCAGAGACCGCAGGGUGGAUCUGAAAAGGAUGCAGUCAUCACCUCCCAGCAACUUGAGGUCAAUCAUGAUGGAUCUUACGUCAAUAACUUCGAAACGAGUAAUGGAAUCAGUCAUCAGGAAACGGGCCAAACAAAACAAGUUGAUCAAGAAACUCCAGUAGUUGCUCAAGGCGCAGACUCAUACACAUCACCAGAGGGUGAAAGAGUGAGCUUCACUUACAUUGCUGACGAAAAUGGUUACCAAGUUCAAGGCUCUCAUAUACCAACCCCACCCCCAAUCCCCCCAGAAAUCCAGAAGGCCCUUGCUUGGAUUUUGGCCCAUCCGGAAGAAAAUGAUUUGGGACAAGGAAACCCACCACCUCGAAGAGGUUGAUCAUUCCAUCCCUAAGUUCACAUCUGAAGAAGAAAGCUUGCCAUGGACAAAAUACACCCAGCUUCCUAUGUUUUCAUGAAAAUAAGUAUAGUGUGGUGUAUUAACAUAUUAAUAUUAAGUAUGCAUUGCAACUCAUAAAAUCAUAUUACGACUCGUUAGCAAUCGUACUACAAAGUUUAUUUUUUGUACAAAAAAAUGGUUAAUCUAGAAAAUAAAUCGUUCUGUUACGAGUCCGUAACAAUAAGCGAAAAUCUGCUUAUUACUAUUAUUAUUAUUAUUAUUAUUAUUAUGAUUAUAUAAUAAUUAUAAUAACCAUCGUACUUAAAAAUCUGCCUUUUUUUAGCAGAUUAUUUUGAGUAUUAUCACUGUGGACUAUUUCAAAAGUCCGUGAAUGUAUA